CCGGCUCUCUCACUGCGCUGCUCUCUAAUCUCCCAGCCUUCUGCAUCGUCAAUUCCCCAGCCUACAGCGCUGUGAACGCAGGUCGCUUGCUUCAACAUAGCUCCAUUAGCUGCCAAUCGUGUCAGCCUUUCAGCGAUCGACUGAUCCCUUCUUUUCCGGUUUACCCAAUCUUCUCAGGUUCAUUCGUUAUUUCGAGCGCAUACUCUAGGAAGACGAGGAAAGAAAAGAAGGAAACAAGAAGCCACCGAGGCAAACGAGCGACGCGACCUAUCCGCGCUCAGUUGGACGAGAGCUCCUGCCGCCACACCCGUGGACGACAUCGCCGACCCUCUCGAACCUUUCCCAGCUGUCAAUCUGGCGGCUCUUCAGCCCAAGCCCUACGGCGAAGCAUCCGCUGCGGCCGCAAUGGCCCAGCCCAAUGCAGAGCCCGUCGAGGAAUAUGACUAUGAAUCGCUACCUCCCAACUUCUCCCUCGUGCAGAACAUGGCUGCCGGGGCGUUCGCGGGUAUAGCGGAGCAUACUGUUAUGUAUCCUAUUGACGCCAUCAAGACCCGAAUGCAGGUCCUCAACCCUAGUCCCUCGGCUGUAUAUGACGGCGUCAUCCAAGGCACCUACCGCAUAGCCAGUCGCGAAGGUUUCCUAAGCUUGUGGAGAGGCAUGUCUAGUGUUGUUGCUGGCGCCGGUCCUGCUCACGCUGUUUACUUUGCUACCUAUGAGGCUGUCAAGCACGUCAUGGGUGGCAACCAGGCCGGUGUUCACCAUCCCCUGGCUGCCGCGACCAGUGGUGCUUGCGCUACGAUUGCCAGCGAUGCGUUGAUGAACCCCUUUGAUGUGAUCAAGCAGCGCAUGCAGAUCCAAGGCUCGGCCAAGAUGUACCGCUCCAUGACCGAUUGCGCCAAGUACGUCUACAAGACGGAAGGACUGGCGGCAUUUUAUGUGUCCUAUCCGACCACCCUCUCCAUGACGGUGCCCUUCACGGCCCUCCAAUUCCUCGCGUACGAAUCCAUAUCGACGGUCAUGAACCCGGACAAGGGAUACGACCCCACAACACAUUGCUUAGCCGGUGGUGUUGCCGGUGGUUUUGCCGCCGCCCUGACUACGCCCAUGGACGUUAUCAAAACCAUGCUUCAGACUCGAGGAACGGCCACUGAUCCGGCACUGAGAAACGUGAACGGGUUCAUGGCCGGUUGUCGGUUAUUGUAUGAGCGUGAAGGGUUUCGUGGCUUUUUCAAGGGUGUACGCCCUCGUGUCGUCACCACCAUGCCUAGCACGGCCAUUUGCUGGUCCGCAUACGAGGCUUGCAAGGCCUACUUCAUCGCAAGAAACGACAACACGAGCCCUUGAAGCAGCUCAUCGCUGCGCAUAUAGAAAGGAACUUUGACGAUUUUGAUCACCGAUUAGAGCGGUCGUGUAAAAUUUAGAAGGCAGAACAGAGUCCGCGGGGUAGCUGACCCCUUCGGCACCGCGCUUUUCAAUAACGGGUGGCAGAAGAGGACGAAACAAUUCCUCGCGAGGGUUCCCACGCUUACUCUGCUGGAUUGCAAUGCGAGGACUGAUCCCGGAGGUCUCGCGAGCUGGCUGUAUUUGGUACCGGAGAACCGGUGGUUUGGCACAGUGCACUGUUUGAAAGGAUAUUCAACAUGUUGGAGUCGGAAAAUGACAGACUUGUCUGGAGUCGGUAUGCCCAUGGAUGGAUUUACAGAUGCGAUAAUCUGGAAUGCCGUCUCAUUAUCCAUCCAAUUUCCGAUUUUUCUAUUU